AUGCCUCGAGCCGAGCCGAAUAAUGAAAAGCUCGACCAAAAAGCUCGAAGGACGUAUCGCAGCUCGAACACCAAGGAGCCCGGUGAGAUUGCUGCUGCCUCGUCAAACCUAAACACAGCCUUCAGACUGAUCAAGGAGGUUCAGAAGAAGUUCAAGUCUCGUGAAGCCGAGGAGAAAGAGAAAGAAGACUUGGUACAGCAAGAUACUCUGGUCAUCUCUAGCAACAAGAGCAACCCCAAGUUGAAGGAUCUGUACAUCCGACCCAACAUUGUCGCCAAGCGAAUGACAGGGUCACUAGAAGCGCACAGCAAUGGUUUCCGCUACACUUCUGUGAGAGGUGAUAAAGUGGACAUAUUGUAUAACAAUAUAAAAAACGCAUUCUUCCAACCUUGCGAUUCCGAGAUGAUCAUUCUACUUCAUUUCCAUCUGAAGCACGCGAUUAUGUUUGGCAAGAAAAAGCAUGUGGACGUCCAGUUCUACACGGAGGUGGGAGAGAUCACCACGGACUUGGGUAAACAUCAGCACAUGCACGACAGAGACGACCUGGCCGCAGAGCAGAGCGAGCGAGAACUAAGGCAGAAACUGAAACAAGCCUUCAAGAGUUUCACGGAAAAGGUGGAGACUAUGACCAAGCAGGAGAUAGAGUUUGACACUCCGUUCAGAGACUUGGGUUUCCCCGGGGCUCCGUUCCGCUCCACUGUACUGCUACAACCUACGAGCGGCUGUCUUGUCAACCUCACUGAGUGGCCUCCAUUUGUUAUUACCCUGGAAGACAUAGAGUUGGUCCACUUUGAACGUGUCCAGUUUCAUUUGAAGAACUUUGACAUGAUAUUUGUGUUCAAAGACUACCACAGGAAAGUUGCCAUGGUCAACGCUAUUCCCAUGAACAUGCUCGAUCACGUCAAGGAGUGGCUCAAUUCUUGUGACAUCCGCUACUCUGAAGGUAUACAGUCCCUCAACUGGACAAAGAUCAUGAAGACCAUCACUGAUGACCCUGAAGGCUUCUUUGAGAGCGGAGGAUGGACUUUCCUCGACCCGGAGAGUGACGCGGAGCAAGUGGAAGAAGAGGAGUCGGAAGAGGAUGAGGUUUAUGAGCCGACUGAUAUCGAGUCUGAAUACGAAUCAGACGACGACUCUGAGUAUUCCGAGGCUUCAGAAGACAGUGGAGACACCGAGGAGUUGGGGAGUUCGGAUGAGUCGGGCAAGGACUGGUCAGACCUGGAGAGAGAGGCAGCCGAGGAGGACAGAGAGAAAGUGGACAACUUUGAGGACGAGUACACGAGCAACAAGGGCAAGAAACGUCACCACGGCAGCGGCGGACACCAUCGCAGUCCUGAUAAGAAACACAGGUCGGACAAAGACAGACAUUCAUCUUCAUCUUCUAAACACAAAAGUAGUUCUUCAAGUCACAAAGACUCGCAUAAAGACAAGAGCAAAUCAUCUCAUCACAGCAGCUCGUCUAGCAAAGACAGGCACAAGUCUUCAUCUUCAUCGGCCAAGAGUUCUCCGAGCAAGCACAAAAGCUCGAGUUCGAGCUCACAUAGCAAGCACAAGAGCUCGAGUCCACACAAGAGCUCCAGCUCAAGCUCGCGCAACAAGAGCAGCAGCUCAGGUGACAAGAAGAGGUCCAGAGAAGACAGCAGCCCUCACAAGUCCCACAAGAAGUCAAAGCAUUAAUAAACAGACUCACCAACUUGAGAAGUUAAAUUAAAUGUUCCGAAAGUCUGUGAAGUGCAUUGAACUAUUUAUUUAAUGUUUUAUCAGUGCUGGAUUGUGUACAGUAUGAAGUAUAACUCGCUUGAAACAAAGACUUCUAGGUUAACAACGACAAAGAAAUAGAAACAUUAACUGGUGAACGUUAACAAUGUUGAAUACUGUGAUUGAUUGGUUUAGUAAAGAGCUUUUGUUUGUUACUUCAGUCUUGAUCGUUAAACAUGCUGAAAUUGUGUAACUGUGUAUGAAGAACUUGAAGCUCCAGAUUUAGAGAGCGUUAGUAUCACAUUGUUAUUAUUAUAGAAUAAGAAAAAAAAACUGAUUAUAAUAGUCCUUAUGUUAACACUUGUGAAUAGCCAACCAAAAUUAAAUGAAGGCAACAAUUUCAUGAAUUUGGUUAUUAAAUAAAUCAAAAUUGAAAUUUAAGGAGUGUAUUCUGACUUGGUUUUAAUCGUUUUAAUUUGAUAAGGAUAUUAAUAUGCAAACAUGAAUGGGUUAAGAAUAUUCAGGUAAACCUUUUUAAUAGAACAUGUUUACGGUUUUACUUUGUUAUUUUGUCUCAACACUCAAACUUUACCUAAAUGGAUACCAAAUUUUUAAAUCCCUAAAUUAGUUUGGUUCACUACAGUAAAACAAACAGUUUACAUUCGGUAAUGUAUACUUGUUUAUUAGGUUACGUUUGAAAUGUUUGACACCGUUAGAUUCCAGGAAAGCGUAGCCAGUCUCCAAGGACCAGAAAAUAUUUUAUUAACGUUUGUAACUACAACAAUUUUGGAGUAAGACUGGUUUGGUUGUAAAAAUGUGAAGGAACUGCCAAAAUAAACUAAGCCUCCUUCCUUUCUUCACCUGAUCUGCAGUAUGAAUAGUUAAGGAAACAUUUUGUACUUUGAUUGUGUUAAAAUUAUCUUAAAUACACGUUUAAGAAGUGUAUUUUCUUUCCUCAUCCCAAUGUACAGUUUUCAUGUUCCAUGUUUUCACUGAAUGUAGCACCACAAACAUUAUCCGGUUAUUAUUUGUACAAUAAUAAAAAAAUUUUUAUAAGAA